UGCUGGGAUUAAAGGUGGCGCCACCAUCGCCUGGCCAGCAUGGCCUAUCGUUAAAGCCCCCAAAGAUCAGUGAACAUGUCAGAGAGGGGGCUGUGGCAUAAGACUGUCUGAAUGAAAGCAUCUCAAGGAGGAAGGGAAACCAGGAGAUCUAGAAAACAGGACAGCCUACAUUGGCUCUUUGGCCCCUUCUAGAAGCCUCCCCCCAACAGUACCAGUCCCUGACAGCCCAGUCUAGAUUGCAGAAGCAACAACACGAUCAUUACUACCUGCAAGGAUACUUUAUGUUGGGGCUCAGGAAACUCAAAACCGGAUCUGGGCAAGAAGACAGGAAUGAAGCGCUUGCCUGGGAAAUCAAUGUAAAUGGAAAUGGCUCCAUUUUCUGUAUCCAGUGGAAGAAGAGGGCAAGGAAACACUGGCAGAUUCCUGGAUUCCACAAAACCUGGGGCACUAGUUUCUGCCUGUUUCAUCUUGGGCCAAGUCACUUACCGCACAAAGCAGUGGUCCUCUCUGGGCAAAGAGCUGCCGGCGAGUCUGUAGGAACAGAACUUGCUGUCUUGUGCUUGUGUCUGUCUUGUGUCUUGGGGUUGUGAGUGCCGCGUUUACUGGUGGCAAGUGUGGCGGCUAGGAGUAAGGAGGCAGCUAUAUAUCACUGGGGCAGUUUAUGGCUCCUGCUUGGUGGCCCAGGGCUGCUGAGGAGAGGUGUUCUGAAAAAUGGCCUGGGAUGGUGGCCAAAGAACUGAAAAUUAAGGCGCUCAAGCCUAGGGAUUUGGGACCCAUCAGCCAGAAUGGGGACUCCUGACAGCCUUCUGCAGAGGGUACCCAGAGACAUGUACACUUUCCAAACCUCAGAAACACGGAAUUCGGGCAUCUGAGACAGCAAAAAGACCAGUGAGAGUCGCUUGUAAGAAAUCCUCUUAGGAAUCAGCUCGCACUCAAGAGAUGGCAUUCCCUACACCAAGGCGGAGCUGAACUCCAGAUGUCGGGGCGUACACAGCUGGAGGAUCACGUGGCAUGGCCUCAGCCCCCUUCCUGCCAACGCUGCAUUUGGCUCAAGCCCGGGUCAUGGCUGCCCUUGGGACCCUGAGCUGACAGUUGGAGGGCUCCCUGCGUGCAGGCGCUGCGACAUCCCCCUUUACACCCCUGCGGCCAAGCGCUGCUGCCGUGCGUCAGGGCCCAGGGCGGAGGUCGACAGAGCCGAUGAAGGAAGGCUAGAGGACCCCGGGAAGGGCGGGGCUGGACAUGAGGAGGAGGCUGCGCCUUUGCCGGGACGCGUGGCUCACGCUGCUGCUCAGCGCCGCCCUCGGCCUCCUGCUUUACGCGCAGCGCGACGGGGCAGCCCCCACGACCAGAGCACCAUCAGCGCGAGGCCAGCCCCCGCGGCCCACUUCUGGUCUCCGAGCACGCGGGCUCCCCAACACCGCCCGUGCGGCCCCGCCGGCCUACGAGGACGACACCCCGGUGCCCCCGACACCUACGGGCCCCUUUGACUUCGGCAGGUAUCUGCGCGCCAAGGAUCAACGGCGCUUCCCGCUACUCAUUAACCAGCCGCGCAAAUGCCGCAGAGACGGCGCAUCUGGAGGCCCGCCGGACCUGCUCAUUGCGGUCAAGUCUGUGGCCGCCGACUUCGAGCGGCGGGAAGCCGUACGUCAGACUUGGGGCGCCGAGGGUCGUGUGCAGGGGGCACUCGUGCGCCGAGUGUUCUUGCUGGGCGUGCCCAGGGGCACCGGCUCGGGCAGGGCGGGCACGCAGACGCACUGGCGCGCCCUGCUGGAAGCUGAGAGCCGUGCUUAUGCAGACAUUCUGCUCUGGGCUUUCGAAGACACCUUCUUCAAUCUAACGCUCAAGGAGAUUCACUUUUUAGCUUGGGCCUCAGCUUUCUGUCCAGAUGUACGCUUUGUUUUUAAGGGCGAUGCUGAUGUGUUCGUGCACGUGAGGAACCUGCUGCAGUUCCUGGAGCCGCGGGAUCCGGCACAGGACCUUCUUGCUGGUGAUGUGAUUGUGCAGGCAAGGCCAAUCCGCAAGAGAGUCAGCAAGUAUUUCAUUCCCGAGGCUGUGUAUGGACUGCCGGCUUACCCGGCCUACGCGGGGGGCGGCGGCUUUGUUCUUUCCGGAGCCACACUCCGCCGCCUAGCAGAGGCCUGCUCACAGGUUGAGCUCUUUCCCAUCGACGAUGUCUUUCUGGGCAUGUGUUUGCAGCGCCUGCGGCUCACACCUGAGCCUCAUCCAGCGUUUCGCACCUUUGGCAUCGCCCAGCCUUCAGCUGCACCGCAUCUCCGCACCUUUGACCCCUGUUUCUACCGAGAACUGGUGGUAGUGCAUGGGCUAUCUGCAGCUGACAUCUGGCUUAUGUGGCGCUUGCUGCAUGGGCCUCAGGGGCCAGUCUGCGCACAUCCACAGCCUGUAGCAACAGGUCCGUUCCAAUGGAGCUCUUAACUACCUAUCACAGUAUCAAGCCUUUCACUCAGCUCCAGAAGGUAACAUUAAAGGUAAACACUAAAGGUUUCCCAUGUGGGUUAAUGGUGUAUACAUGGCUUUUCUCCAGAUCACUGAGUGUGUAGCACUGACUCAUUGAGAAAGCCAGGGCCAAGGUGUCUUGACCAGCAGACCCAAAAGAAGCUGGCACAUUUAAUGAUACUAGUAGCCAACAGCAUCCUUGUGUGUACUAGUGAGGAUUUGGCUGGCUUGCGUAGGAUGAUACAAACACUUGCUGGUAUCCCCAUGGCCAGGCCUCACAGCCCUCGCGGACCUGGCAGGCACUUUAGUUAUUUGCUUCCUCCGUUCUCCACAUGUGGAUUCCCAGCAGCCAUAUCUUAUGUGUCCCCUUUGAGGUCUGCUGUGUUGGAGCUAACCCUUUAGGCCUACGUUUGCCUGUAACAUGAGGGAUGGGGCCAGGAUGUGUCAUGGUCUUGUCCACUAUAUGCACACAUACAUACAACCAUGUCAAUGGAGAGGAGUCCUAAGAUUCCUUUACUAUAAAACCUCUCAUAUUCUUCAAACACAGCUUCAAGAAAACCAACAGUUCACAUUUUAGUACAAACACCUCAGGCAGCAGCACAUGGCAAGCUGUCACUGAGGGCAUAGGUGCUUUAUUGGAAAGGGGAUGAGGAAGUUUCCUCUGUUCAAGAGGAUGGGAACAGUCCUGGCUACCCUGACAUUGGGUGUGCAGGGUCUCUGGCCAGACCAAGGUCCAAAUGGGAAGACACCUGUCAAUCAGAGUCAUGGGAGUGCCACACAGGCCUGGCUGUAGGCCCAGGAACCAUACAGACAGCUGGGGCAGGUCCCCUGCACAUUCAUUAUGAACUAUACAAGAUGAGGCUGUACAUGAGUUAAUUACAAAAGUCAUUAUUUACAAAAAUCUGUACACACAUUUGAAAAACUCACAAAAUUGUCAUCUAUGUAUCACAAGUUGCUAGACCAAAAUAUUAAAAAUGGGAUAAAAUUA